AUGAAGACGAACGCCGAAGAGGGUUUCUUCCGUAGGGCUAAAUCGACAUCAGCGAAAGCGGCACAGACAGCAGUCACGACUGGGGGCGACCCCACACCAAAGUUGACUGGAGCCGACUCCACCGGUGACGAAGUUGACCGCGUAGUCACGACGGCCUCUUCUGCGUUCACCACGAUGACGAAUCUGAAUAAACGGAGGCGACAGGCGAUGCUGCGACUGCGUCCGCCUAUGCAGAGACCGCUGAUGAGGGUGCAGAUGGUGGCGUAG